AUGCUGGUGCGGCUGGCUGCUUGGGCCUCACUCUGCCUCGUUGCAUGCGCAACGCCGCUACGCGUCAUUCUUGACACCGACAUCGGCGACGACAUCGACGAUGCCUGGGCACUGAGCGCCUUGCUGCAGGACGACAGGGUUGAUUUGCGGUUGGUGGUGACGGACUCCUACUCCAGCGUGCACCGGGCGCAGGUCUUGGCCAAGUUCCUCUCCAUGGCCGGUCGCCUGAAAGACAUCCCGGCGAUUGCCAUUGGACCCAACAAGACAGGGAAGGCGCUCGUUAUGGAGGGCUGGGCCGGGCCAAGCGACUUGGCGCAAUUCCCGGGCACCAUCCACUACAAUGCGGCUGACGCCAUCAUCCGGGAGGUCACCCUGGCUGCCCAGGACCAGGUGCCCGUCGUACUGCUGGUUCUGUCGCCGUGUGCUGCAGUGGCAGCGGCAUUACAACGUGCGCCAUGGUUAAGCCACGUUGCCUCCAUCCAUGCCAUGGGAGGAAGCAUUUGGCGUGGAAACAACGGAACCGGAGGCCGCAUUGCUGAGUGGAAUGUCAGGGCAGAUGUCGCGAGUUCUCGCAAGCUCUAUGCCCAUCUCAAUGUCACUGCACCCUUGGAUGUGGCUGGUUUAGCUCAGAUAGAUGGGCUUCAGUUUAGGAGGCUGCUGCAGUGUCAGGAGUAUGUGCCCACUGUCCAUGCACUCCUGCAGAUGUUCCAGACAUGGCUCCCACGAUGUCCUUGGCGACCAGUCCUGGAUGGCCCGAAAGGCCCUGCAAGUUCUGUCCGCUCUUCCGUGAUCUAUGAUGCCGUAGCUGUGAGCACAUUACCUUUCUGGUCUCCCACAGAUCUGAUGGAUUUUCAGACUCUCCGGGUAGCAAUCGACGACCGCGGCUUCACUACUCCGAGCGCCGAAGGCUGGGAAAUCACAGCGGGAGUGCGCUGGCGUAGCAUCGACCAGUGGGAGACGAGCUUCGCAAGUCUGCUCUGUGGGGCAAACACCACAUCCCUGGUGGUGUAG